AAUCAGUCGUCUCUUCCACAUUUCCAAACCGCGAUUCCUUCUUUCACUUCUCUCUUCUGUUUGGUUCCUGAGAAAGAAAAAACACCAUGAUACCGAACCAACCGGGGAGGGGCCAGAAUGACCGAGAAGCCUCGGGAUCACGUGUUCCGACCGUGGCUUAUGUUCGAGGAUCUCCUCAGUCCAAGAUCGCCGGUGGGACCGAAAUCUCAUCCGACAGCCAACCCUUGAAACUGCAUUUCAUCAUGUUGAACCCUGGAGUGGACGUUAUCGCCAACAUCCAGGGGGUAGCAGAGAUGUACAACAAGGGUCUGGUCAUAAUCUCUGCCAUAGGAACUGUCUCAAAGGCAGUGAUGCCUCAGAACGCAUCCAGCCCUGUCCUUGAGGGAUGUUUCCAGAUAGCAUCCAUGUCCGGCACUUGUCUCCCGGGUGAACCGACCGGCAAACAUGGAGAUAUCACCGUUCUCCUGUCUGACCGUACCGGAGCUGUCAUCGGCGGUGCCGUUGACUCUCUCAUUGCCGAUAGCAAAGUGCAGGUUGUCGUGGCCAGUUUCAGUCCUGAUGUGGCCAAACCCAUCGGUCUGAAGCAGGAGCCGGAUGUCAAGCAGGAAGCUGUUUGAAGAAAUAUUCUAAUAAACUAGUAAAAACUAUUAUGGUAUCUUAUUAUUAUUAUCGUUGAAUAAGGGACGGGGUCAUGUCCUACCGACACCACAUUGUUAUGUCAUGUCGAAUUCUCGCAUUUAUGCGUCUUAUUUGAAAUUAAAGACUAUAUUAUCUUAUCUG